CCCCCCCCCUCUUCACUCUCCCCGCCUAUAUCCUUUCCCCCGCCCUCCCAACUUCAAUCUACUACCUCCUAAGCACAUACACGACGCACCAACCGCUCUACACGCGCGCCUCAGGGCGCCCGAUCCCCGUCUCCGUCGCCCGCGCCAUCCUCCCCACCACCAUGCUCGCCUACACCAUCGCCCUCUUCCCGGCCUUUACAUACGUGAAAAAUCCCACUACAACCGCCCUCCUCGCCUUCAACCGUCUGAUCCCCAUCCUCAUCGCCACACUCACCUGCACCAUCUCGUACCUCCUCGAGCGAGGCAAAAAGCCCGACCCCUUAGCCGUCUACACAAACGCGGACAUCGCCCCCUUACGGCGCGCAUACGCAGCAAUAUUCACGCUCGCAACAAUCGCGCACUUCCUCUUCCCAAAAGAACCGACUUUCGCGCAUUCACUGGCAGCAGACCCGUCAGGCUUCGGUAUCUACAACACUGCGACGGUGCUCUGGUACCUGUACAGCGUGUACGAGCUGCGGCGGAGCGGGUGGGCGACGACGAGAAGCGGUUUUUGCGGCUGUGGGCGUGGGCGCUGGGAUCGGGGCUGUGGGAGUGGGGCCGGAGGUUGUGUUUGCGGGGGUGUGGUGGUGGAGGGAGGGUGUGAGGGGGCGGAAGGCGAACUUAAAGGGCCGGAAGGAAGAGAUGAGGCCCUAGGAAAAACAGAACUGGUGCCUUUGGGAGUUUGUGAGCAGGAAAAAACGGCGGGAAAGCAAAGGAGCAAAAAUAAAGAGCAAAAACAUACAACAGCUGGGAUUCGCUAGUGGUCACCCACCUAACUACUGAUCAGCCGGUUCAUAGCUUAUGUAUGGCAGAGCGGACGGGAUGCCCAGUAUUCUAUGACCUGUGGUCGUAUGUGAUAGAUAGUUUGAAUUUUAAUGAGUAUAACCUAAGUGUUUGA